AUGUAUUAUUUACCAAGGCGAAAGGAAUUGCUGUUAAAAGCAGCCGGGGAUAUAGAGGCACAGGAUGAUAUUCCUAAUCAUCCUGAAACAUUGGAAGCGUGGCAGGAGUCUCUAGACAGUGAUGAUGAAAAUCCUUUACUACGUUCAACCAUUGAGCAACAUUCGACGACGGGACCUUCGAACUCAGCAUCUAAAGGAACUUUAAAUGAUCCAAGGUUUGGCACCAAAAAGUAUUCUGAAUUAUCGGAGACUAGCGAAACCAAUAAUCCUACGAGUUUUGAGUCUUCAGCACAGCAAACAGUAAAACCAAAACAUGGCAUUCGUUCUGUCGAAAAUUAUAUGAACCGUCAACCUCCAGCUGUUUCGUCCUCGAUGAGGGCUUCUUCCUCGCCAAACGAAGGACUUGGAAAAACCGACAGGGACAAAGUAUCAACUGCAUAUCCAAAUAAAUCAGUACAAAUUCAACUUCCAAGGAAUGAGUUUUCUGGUGCAAGGACUUUAUGGAAUCGUUUAAGUCCUCAUGAUCGUGUUCUUUGGCGCUGGGCGAAUGUUGAAAACUUAGACAACUUUCUGCAGCAAGUGUAUUCUUUUUACAUCGGAAAAGGAUUCUCAUGUAUGUUUGUUCAAAGGUUGUUUCAGAUUUUAACCAUAUCAUUUGUUAUUGGCUUCACUACCUUUAUUACUAGCUGCAUCGACUGGUCUGCGGUAAUUCCCCGUGGAUCUUUGGCUAACGCUACGAAGUCGCAUUGCAUUGCCCAAAUGUCUCCUUUGGAUACACUUUUUCUGUGGCUGUUUAUGAGUUUUUUGGUUGCUCUGUGGAUAUAUUACCUUACUGACAUCCCAAGGUUAUGGCAUAUUCGAGAAUUUUUCAUUCAUGCGCUAAAGGUUUCAAGUACAGAUAUGGCAACCGUAUCAUGGCAGCGGGUAUUGUAUCGUUUGUACAAGCUAAGAAACGUGAAUGCUUUAACCGCUGAAGAUGGUCGAGUGGUAUCUCUUUAUAAUAUGAAACGUUUAGAUGCACAAGCAAUUACAAAUAGAAUUAUGAGAAAAGAAAACUAUUUUAUUGCUUUAAUCAAUAACGACGUUAUUGAUCUUGAGUUACCUCUUUUGAGAAAAAGGAUACUCACACACACAACUGAGUGGAAUAUUAAUUGGUGUAUUUUUAAUUUCGUUUUUGAUGACCAAGGUCAAAUACUUGAGACAUUUAGAAACGUUAAUUCUCGAAAGCGCCUUGCAGAGGAGCUUGGACGUCGCUUUAUCGUAGCUGGGUUUUUAAAUUGCUUAUUCUCUCCUAUCGUUGCCGUGUACUUGUUGGUGCAUAACUUUUUUCGAUACUUUGAUGAAUUUCAUAAGAAUCCUAGUUUACUGGGGAUACGAAGGUAUACACCUUUAGCCUUAUGGACGUUUCGCGAAUACAAUGAACUCCCCCACGUUUUCGAUGAGAGAAUCAGUAAAAGUUAUGAAUAUGCUUCCCAUUAUGUAUCCCAAUUUCCUGAUUUCAAUGUUAUCAGAUUCGUAAAGUAUGUUUCCUUCAUACUUGGAAGCUUCACAGCCGUACUGGUGAUAAUGACCCUUUUUGACCCAGAAAUAAUGAUGACAUUUGAAUUGACAAAGGAUCGUACCGUCAUAUUUUACUUGGGUAUAUUUGGUUCUCUAAUUGCUGCUCUGCGUUCUUUGAUUCCGGAUGAAACGCUUGUUUUCGAUCCAGAAAAGGCUUUACGUAAAGUAGCUUAUUUCACUCAUUAUCUGCCAGAAUGGUGGCAGAGAAACAUGGAUAGCAAAUCCAUUCAGCAAGAAUUUUGCUCCCUGUAUACCUAUAGAAUAGUUAAUGUUCUAUGGGAGAUUCUGGGGAUUCUCUUGACUCCUAUAUUGCUUUUUUUUACCUUCCCUGCAUGCAGUCAAGAAAUAGUAGACUUUUUUAGAGAGCAUACUGUGCAUGUUGAAGGGGUUGGGUAUGUUUGCAGCCAUGCUGUAUUUCAGUCUGAUCCUCAAUAUGGCUCAGUAGCAGCGAUGGUUAAUUCUCGAAAAAUAAAUGCUACUUUUCAGAACAAACCUGAGAUGUCGAGAAUAAAUUUUUUACAGAACUUGAAUCCUAAAGUGACUGAACAAACUUCUGAUGAGUUCUUGGAUUAA